AUACCUUUGAUCCAUUAACAAGAUAUAACCAACAAAUGUUACCUUCUUUACCAAAAAUAAUAACUUCUUUACAUGAUUGUCCAGUAUCCAAACUACAAGUUGAAUUUGUUAUACCUCAACAAAUCCGAGAAAAAAGGAAAUUUACCAGAAGUAAAACAUCAAUAUCAGGAGAUCAACUACUGAAAAACAGUAGAGUGGAUUAUUUUCAAAAUAGUAGAUAUAAUGAUUCAGUAAGGUAUCUGGAAGAUGAGAUUGCAUUGGCAAAAAAUAUCUUCUGGAGAGAAAGACAAGGAAUUUAUAAUGAAAUGGAUAAUAAGAUAGUUAAAAUUAUAAAGAAAAAACAAAAGUCUUAUGUGUUACCUUUGAAAUAUCCACGAUGGUACCAAGAUUUCUCUCUAAAACAAAUGCAGAAUUUAAUGAACUUGGAAAAUACAAUGCAUGCUGAUUACGAGGAGGCAAUAACAACUGGCACCCAAAAAACACUAAUAGCAAUUGGUAUCAUUUCAACUUUCUUCAAGAUUAGGUCGAGUAUCAUAAGACAAUUGCAGACAUCAUGUAAUUUGGAUAGUGUCCAUUUUCUACGGGAAGUUUAUAAGAUCUUGACUGGGAAUGAUUUUCAAGAGGAAGGAUACAAAACAUUUUACGAUUGCAACGAAAGAAUAAUAUUGUCGGCCAUCGCAUUUUUAACAUUGCCAGAGACAGUAAUAGAAUUACAUAAAAGACUUCCAAAAGUGGUUAUGCCAAAAUUACCACCUAAACCAAAACCACCUGUAUCUUUAAUAAGGCAUAAAAAUAGCUGUCCUUAUAAGGAAGAAUUGUUCAAAUAUCCUGAUUGGGCUAGCUAUCGACAUGAUUUACAACGAUGGCGGAAAGAAUACAAAUUAUUUCCAAUUCCAAAAGUUAUUUUACCAUUCAAAGAAUAUAGGAAACCUUUCAUUAGUAAUGAAGUAUUAUCUGAGUUCAAUAAAAAACAAGGAAAAAUGAUUGCUGCUGAACAUUUUGUAGAAACUGACGUGAAGAAACUGCAAAAGAUCGUUGAUCAACAAGAAAUAGAUGCAAAGAACGUCGAUCAACAAGCAGGAUAUGAAUAUGCAGAUAUUACAAACAAAGAAAGUCUGUACUCCAAAAGAUCGGGAACUUUCGAUAUUCAGCAGUUACCGGACAAGAAUAAAAAGUUUGAUUUUACUCUUAGCGGCGUCGGUGAAAAGUCAACAGCAGUGGAAUAUAAAAUAUGCGGCAUGCUGAAACCACCAGGAGUGGGUAGGAAGUCUUGGUUAGGUGGGAAGGAACCUCAUUACAUAAUAGCCGGCGCAUCCGAAGAUCCACCGAAUUGUUCUGUGACAUACGAGAUCACCGGCAUUGCCAAUGUGACACCCACUCACAGUGACGAGAAGUUCUUCGCGGUCCUGAAACUCGGCGACGGACCCAGGAAAAUUUUUCCUAGUGGCAGAGAACAUUUGUCUAGAAAUUGGCAGGAAUGGCUGUUCAACGUCGACGAGGAGUUCAGGCGGUUACAAAAGGAAGCUAAUGAGCUUAUCAAGAGCGUGCGAGCUAUUACGAGGCUCGUGUUCCCUGAACCCGUUUGUGACAGUUGCUGCUUAUGUCGGCAAACUGUAAAGACUCGUGAGAAGCUGCGACAAACUAAGACACCGUAUUUGCUGAUCGACAAUGUGAUGAAGAACAAGGAUGAGAUUAAGUAUAUUGUAGGUUCAAUGGUAUUGCAUUCUCCAGCACCGAGUCCAACAGGCUCAGAAAUUAACUUGUUGGAGAUGGUUGCCUCACAGGACGAGAUCAAAACAAACAUCAUCAUCAACGGCGUCACUAACGAGAAUGGCAAAAUUCAAUAUUAUAUAUCGGGUGUUCAGAAGGAACAAGUACAUGUGUCAUCGCGAAUACCUGAUCCUCCAGCGCCUCAGACCAUUAGUUUUCAACCUAGAAAUGUGCCACCCUGUACAUGCGCCAUUCAGCAAAUGUUCAACAAAGACAUAAGUUUCUCUGUAAGUAAAGACGACAUUCUUUGGACGAAAGACGAAGGAUUAUGCAUGGGGAAAAAAUAUAGACCUGACAAACAAGGUGCCUACUCCUGUAAAAUGUAUCCUGGCGAUAAAUCUUGUAGACGUAAUCCCUUCAAAAAGUUGAUAAAGAUAAAAGGAGAAGAAGGAAAAGAAGAAAAGAAAGAAACAGGACUUAUCGAGAUAAAGGAACCGACUCAAGUUUUAGAAAAAGAGACUUCAGAAAAGAAAGAGAAAUUCAUUCCUGAUCUGAAUUAUCCUGCUUAUGACGAUCCUUGGAACAUAGCACGUACUGCACCAUCUGCAAAAGAAAUUGUAACAGAUUAUGAGAAAAGUUUGAAGUUGACUCCUCCUUCAUUACCCGCGGUAUCUUCACUAUUAAAGACACAAGAAAGACAAAAAGACACUUCCUCUUCAAGCAAAGUAAGAAAGAAGUCUGACAAAGAUACUAAAGUUAAAGAAAUCUAUCAAGAAAUGUUGACUAAAGUCUCCUCGAAAUCAUCGAAGAUGUCGGCGAAAAAGGUCAAGGGAAAAAGAAACAAACGAAUGAAAUAUGUGCAUAAUAUGGAUAAGAAGAAACAUAUGCAAGUACCUUUUAAACUGUCUAAUGUGGAAAGCGUAAAAGUAACAAAUCACAUUUCCAGAUUCAAAAUAAUGAAUAAAACGAAGAAACAAAAGUCAACCACAGCCGACAUCUGCCAAACAGCCAAAUCCAAGACUUACAAAGUAUUUAAAAAUACCUUUGUAAAAAGAGAUGGGAAGAAAAUGAUAAUAGACAAAGUUGAUCAGAUCGAUGGCCGAAAGCGAGAGAUGGAGAGAUUAAAAACUAUGAUGGAGACUUAUGCGAGAACUUUAGGUGAUGUCCAGCCAGCGGUUCUUCCAUGGGAGCAGUCUUUUUCAGCUAAAUCGAAAGAAAAAUUUCGCGAUACUUUGGUCGAUGAAAAGGAGAGUCAUAGAAUCUCCAAAGAGCCUUGUGGUUGGAGGACGAAAUCAGAACAGGAGCUUCUAGCGAAGAAGACCAUGGUGUAUCUUUGUGAACCAGAAUAUCCUCUGGAAACGGUAGCAGUUCGUCUUGGAGGGCGACCAUGUCGAUGCAGAGAAAACAGGAGCAAGAAGAAAAUGCUUAUGUACAAUGUGAGUGGCUUGGUGGAGAAGAAAGAUGAAAGAAAAGCUAGAAAAGCAGGCGUGAGAACGAAGUUGGAGAAUGAAAACAAGAUCAUCGACGGUGUCAUUUAUUUCACACCACCUGUCAGUCCUCGAAGAAGCGAGGAAUACAUUCCAGAAUACGAUCUACUUGAAUCACCAUAUGAUAUAUGCGUCGGCGAAGAUACAGGUGAAAGCCCGAAAUUGCUAAAAAAAUAUCCUGAUUCAAAAAGUUUGUUAGAGAGAAUAUGGAAAAAGUCUGAGUCUUGCGACUGUGGCAAUCGCACAGACAAGACCGGUAUCAUGAAAGAAGUUAGUCAGAGUAGAGAAACUAAGGAAGCUCGACGAAAGCUGAUGGAAUCCAAAUCACCGGAGGAUAGGUUGGAGAUGGCGUUGAAGGAUACAGCAUUGGUGGAAUAUUUUACUCAGCCCAAAUAUGAUGCUUCUUGUCGGACAUCCUACAAGAAUAAACGAAGUGUCAAACCUCUCAGAUUGAAAAUGGUAAAGCCCGUAUGUGAAUGCAAAUAUGAGAGGAAGAUCGUAGAGCGGAAUGAAGAAAGGGCGAAGUGGAAGACGCGUCAACAAAAAUUAAAAACCUUGAAGAAGCAACCUUUCAUGCAUAUCGACAAUACUUCGAGACCGAUGGUGCCGGAGACGAAGUUCAUUAUAUCGGACGUGAAGAGAAUCCCGGUAGAAGACGAAUACACAGACGAAGUUAAGUAUUGCAUAACGGGUGUGGCGGAGAAUCUCACCAUGUCAUCACCCCAACGAGUAGUCGACGGCCUAAAAAUGUCCACACCGGUUGUAACGCCAGAACCGAGCAAGGAAGACUUCCGGCGAUAUUCUCCACAUCGUCAUUGGUCACCGAUGAACAUUCCUUCGGGUCCGUUGCCAAGGAGAAACGUCGCUUUGAAGGAAGAGAUAGAACGCAGGAAGAAAAUCAGGGAUGAAGCUUUUAAGAUGAUUUACGGAGAGAAUGAGCAAGAUGCGUCCCGUUUGGAAUAUCGCGAUUGUCCGGAAACGUGUGUGAAGAAAUUGAUGACUGUAAUCGAAAAUGAUUCCGAGUUAGGGAAAAUUCGUACGAAUGCGGAGAAACAAAUAUUUAGGACACCAAUGGAAUCAUAUUCACCGAGAGAAAACAAAACUAGCAGUAAGGCAGAACGUGAACAAAAUAUAUUAUCUAACAAUAUCACUGUAGUUCCUCGUGAGCAGAUAAAAUAUCCCGAGGAAACAGUUGGUAAAGGUGAUCAGCAACAAGAUAUGUCGUACAAGCGAACGAUCGAAAAGAUGAAAAAGAAAGAUGACGAUAAGACUCUUCGAACGAACGACGAUGACGAUGGAAGAUAUCCAACUGACAAAUUGGACUUAAUGACGAUCAUGAAAGUAUAUCUCUAUCAGUAUCUAUAAUUUAGAAAUUAAGAAAAGGAAUCAUGCAUUUCAAAAUAUAUAUUUAGGACGAAUUGAAGAAGAUGGCUGAUGAAGGAUAUGUACUUGCUAAGUUGCCUGAAUGUUACCUGAUGCCACAACUUCAGGACUGGCUCAUGUACAGGA